AAUGCUGCACAUUCUCUUAAUAUUUUUGCUAUGAUGUGUAUCCAGUCAUACGUGUUGCCUUGAGGUCGGGCAAAAGCCCUGCGAACCUUGCGAUGUCGGAGCAAAGGCGCGUUAUCAUCCAUAUCGACCUUGAUUGCUUCUACUGCCAAGUUGAGCAGAAGCGGCUGGGCAUCCCGCGCGAGCAGCCGGUGGCGGUGCAGCAGUGGGAUGGCCUCAUCGCCAUCAACUACGCGGCACGGGCGGCGGGCGUGACGCGGCACAUGCGCGUGCGGGAGGCCAAGAAGCUGUGUCCGCAGCUGCGGCUGGUGCACGUGGAGACCAUCAGUGCGGGCGACGGCGAGUCGGGCUCGCCUGUCAAGGUCUCCGACGGUCCCGCGGGCGGCGGCGGCGGCGGCGGCGGCAAUGGCUCAUUCCGCCGCAGCGAGGCCAAGGCCAGCUUGGCACCGUACCGCGAGGCUUCGGGCCAGAUCAUGGCGUUGCUGGGCAGCAUGCUCCGCCCGUCCGCUGCUGCUACAGCUGCUACAGCCGCCGGCGGUGGUGCUGCUACAGCCACGGGGCCAGUGUCCGGUGGUGGCUGCCUGCUGGAGAAGGCGUCAGUGGAUGAGGCGUUCCUGGACGUUUCGCCGCUGGUGGAUGAUGAACUACGUCGGCUGGAGGCGGAGGCGGACUGUGGCGGCGGCGGCGGCAGCGGCGGACACACACCGGCUGAUGCUACUGCUGCCGCAGCUGCUACUGCGGCCGGCAGCCCCGUGCUCCUGCCCCCCGGGGCUGAGGAGCUGGAGCAGCACGGGCAGCAGGACGGCUGGGGCCGCGAGGAGGAGGAGGAGGCGGCGGGGACGGGCGGCGGGGUUGGGGGCGGCGAGGGGGAGGGGGCGGCCGGGCGACUGUCGGGGGCGCUGCUGGCGGCGGCGCGGCAGGUGGCGGCGGCGAGCGUGGUGGUGGGCGGGCCGCCGCAGCUGAUGCAAGAGACCGACCGACGUCUGGUGGUGGGUGGGCUCAUUGCGCAGCGGCUGCGGCGGGCAGUGUACGAGCAACUUGGCUUCACCUGCUCCGCCGGCGUGUCUGUGAACAAGCUGCUGGCCAAGGUGGGCAGCGCGCGCAACAAGCCCGACAAGCAGACGCUGGUGCUGCCGCGCGGCGUGCAGGACAUGCUCACGGACCUGCCUCUGGGCAAGCUGCGCGGUCUGGGCGGCAAGCUGGGCGCGGCGCUGGAGGGCCAGCUCGGCGCGGCCACUGCGGGGCAGGCGGCAGCGCUGCCGCUGGAGGCCUUGCAGCGGGUGUUGGGCGAGCGCAGCGGGCUGUGGGUGUGGCAGGUGGUGCGCGGGCAGUGCUCCGAGCCCGUCACGCCCAAGGACAAGCCCAAGUCGCUUCUGAGCUGCAAGUCCUUUGAGCCCACCUCCGCGCCCGCCGAGCUGCAGCGCUGGCUGCUCAUCCUGGCGGAGGAGCUGGUGGGGCGCUGCGCCGCAGACGAGGCCGCACACAGGCGCCGGGCGCGCACACUGGUGCUGUACUACCGCGGGCCCAGCCCUCGUGAGCGCAGUGUGCGCUGCGCCUUCCCGCCGCACGGCCGCGAGGGGCCCAGUGCCGCAGCCAUCGCCAAGGCAGCGCUGGACCUGCUCAGGCGCCAGCCGGACGCGGUGCCGUGCAGCCGCCUCGCCAUCGCCGCCACCGAGUUCGACGACCCGCCCGCCGCGGGCGCAGCAGCCAUCACCCGCUUCUUCCAACAGCCGGGGCAGCACGCGCAGCAGACGCAGCAGGCGCAGGAGCAACUAGCGCAGAAGCGGGAGCCGGAGCGACACCCCAAGGGCUCUGGGCAGACGAAAGGCCAGCCGCCGGCGCGUGACCUCCGGACGCUUUUUGCUGCGCCGCCGUCGCUGCCGCCACCGGCACUGGUAGCGGCGCACGCUCCCACAGCGGCUGUAGCUAGGACUGCUACUGUAGUGUUGGCGGCGGCGGCGGCUCCUUCCGUGGAGGACGCCGAGAAGCUUCAAGACCUGGGUUGUGACAGCGGCGAGGAGCGGGACGGCAGGAGCGGGAUGGGCUGGUCUCCUGGUGGCGGUGGCGUGGACGCCUGGAGCGAGGGGGAGGCGGAGGGGGAGGGGCUGGGAGGGGAUGGGCUGGGUGCCUACGGCGGACAGCACAGCCACGACCACCCGGCUAAGCGGCGGCGCACUGCAGGUGGCUGGGAGGCGGUGCGCGGGCGGGUGCCGCCGCCGGGCGCCGCAGCAGCAGCAGGGCUGCCUGCGCAGCAGCAUGACGCGCAGGAGCAGCAAGGCACGCAGCAGCAGCAGCUGCAGCAGCAGGCCUCCCUGCCGGACGGCUCGCAGCAGCAGGCACUGCCGGCAUCGCUCGCCGCGUGGCUGCCCAGCAUGUCGCAGCACCAGCACCACCAACAACAGCAGCAGCAACACCAUACCCAGCAGCAGCAGCAGCAGCACCACCACCACCACCAUACACAGCCGCACCACACACAGCACCAGCACACACAGAGCGAGGGCCAGUCGGGGCGGCAGGCGGACCCACAGGCACAGCACACAGGGCAGAGGGCAGCGGACGCGAGUGGCCGGGCGCUGUCGGCGUUCCAAUCACGACACACGUUCGCAGCGCCCCCAGACUUGGAUCCGGGGGGGCUGGUGGCUCCGUCGGAUACCGGCGGCCGGCAGGAAGAGGCACUGGAUUCAGAUUCGGAUCCAGUGGGUGAUGGGGUGGCGGCGCCGCCGCCGCAAGGCCCGGUUCUAGUCGCAGGCGCCCUGGAUCAAGGUUUUGGCAAUGUGGAUCUUGAGGAGCAGCGGCGGAUCCUGCACGAGAUCGAGUUGGCGCGGCUGCGGGCGCUGCCUAGCAAGCACGCCAAUGCGGGGAGGGCGGCGGCAGGCGGAGGGGGGAGGGGCGGCUCAGCGACUGGUGGUGGUGGUACGAGUGGCGGUGGGAGGGGCAGGGGCAGGGGGGCCGGCAAGGCGCACGGCCGAGGGGCGGGCGCGGCGCAGGCAGGCGGCGGUGCUAGGGUUGCGGGCAAGGGGCAAAUGCGGCUGACGGCGUUGCUUCAGCCGGGGCGGGGCCAGCAGCAGCAGCUGCAGCAGGGUAAGCGGUGAUGCUGGCACGCUAGGCCAGCUUGGGGACGUGUGAAGGCCGGUUGGCUGGCUGUGGAGGUAGGCAAGACGGGUUAUGAAACGCAAACCGGAGGGCGCGCCACGUAGCAGUUGAGCCACGGCAUAGGUUGGGAGUUGUGUUGCGUUGCAUCGUUUAGGAGGAGCUGUGCGUGCCGUUGCACCGGCCGCACCCAGGGUGACGGCGGACCCAAGCUGCAACCGCAUGCGCACCCAGUGCGUGUAGCCAUCCAAAUGACCCAUUACCUUUGG